AUGAGACACACCAAACCAGUCGAAAAUAUGGCCGACAAGAAGAAAAGGUCCCGUGGAGGCUGUAAAAAUUGCAAAAGAUCCAAAAUCAAAUGUGACGAGACUAAACCGAAAUGCUUAAAUUGCUUGAAAAAAGGCUCAACUAACUGUGAUUAUUCAAUUGUUUUGGUGUGGGGCGGAAGGCCCUUCAAGUCUAGAAAGAGAAGAACGCUAGCAUUACCGCAUACCACUUGGAUAAAUGGCGUAUUGAAAUUGGAGAAUGAUUCAGUAACGGAGAAGCUGGCUUCUGAAAUGACUUCCGAAAUCAUUACACGGCCAGAUGCAUUCAAAACAGAAUUCAUACAAGACGAUUUGGUACCAUCCGAGCAGACCUUCAUUUCAAAUGACUGCUGCUCCCUGGAACCUUCUACCGGUGGCUUACAGUUGAGCAACUUGCAUGAAUCGAGUUUGAGCACGUCAGAAAUGGGCCCGUUCAAGGCAUCAACACCUCCCCAAAUCAACCUACGAAGCCUUCACCUUCCAGAUCCCAGGCCUGCCAUUCUGACCCAAAGCAGCUAUUACUCGGAGAUUUUUGAUUUUUACUUAAAGGAAACAGCGCAUCUGUUUGUUCCAGCGCCCCGUACCUUGUAUGCUCACAAUCCUUUUCAUACAAUCUUGCCUCAAAUGGCAAUGAGAAAUUCUACAUUGAUGAAUCUGCUGCUUGCUUUUGGAAUAAAUCAUAGACUCAAGUUCAUUAUUCCUGGUGAAGACUUGGCUUUUGAAGCCCUCGACGAGACCUCUUCGCUUAUUUCAGAUGGGCGUCACAUCGUGAGUAACCUCUUGACGCGAACUCUUCAAGAUCUUCUUAAUCAACUGAUUCUCCCCGACGCACAACAUAGCGAUAUGACUCUAAUUACUAUAAUGAUGUUUGCUGGUUUCGACAUAUUUUUCAGUGACGCCAGGUAUAAAUGGCGGUCUCACAUUUAUGGGGCCAGGAGGAUUAUGAGGCGUCGAUUGGAAGCAAGCUCUCAAAAAUCUCUUGCCAUUUCGCAUAGCGAGCAUACUACUGAAAAUGCUUUUUUCACAACAAUGUGGUUUUCUUAUCUCAACAUAAUAUCGGUUCUAUCAUCGGUUAACACUAACGGGAGUGAGUUUGAUCUAUCUGGUAUAAAGUACGACUUCUCAGCUGUCGAUGAUGUGAAAUCUAUACACAGUCUUCGUGUGCGUUUGAAAGACAUUGAAUAUUUUACUGGGCUGGACCUCAAAAAUCUUUCCUUUCUCGCGGGUGUCGCGUCAUUGCUUAGUCGUGCAGAAAGCAGUAUAGAUUCAACACCGUCGCAAGCUGUUAUUGUAGAGGCAUUCGAGCUCAGUAACCAAAUCCUUCGAUAUUUAGAUAAGAGUGAGCGAGAGAGAGAGGAGAUUUACCAGGAAUUCUUCGCUGGUCGAUAUGACUCUGAAAGUUCAAGGCAAUACGAAGACUACAAGACUCUUCGGGCUACAAACUUAAUCUUUGGCUUAACGGGUGCAUUGCAGCUUUUGAGACGAGUCAUAGGCAUGCAGGCUGAUAGCGAGCUUGUUCGAGACAUUUUGCAGCGCAUCACCAUUCUAAUAAAAACUAAGAUUCCAAUUGGCUCCUCAACUGCCGCAUGCAUUACUUUUUGUCUGUUUUGCUGUGGGUCUGAACUUCACGAUGAAAGUUCAAAAAGCGACCGGCAAGUUUACACUGACAAUUUGAGUGCUCUUGGUAAGAGGGGAAUGACUAGUGCUUAUAAGGCAAAUUUGCUUAUGAGACAAUGCUGGCACCAGAAAAAGGCCUGGUGGAUCAUUCUUCAAGAAAGCAAUCUGGAUAUUAACUUCGCUCUUUAA